AUGAACAUGCCUUCGGCCGGCAGAUUGUCGCUUCGUCCGGCGCCUGCCUUCCUGGCGGCACUCGAUUCGAGCAUGAUGCGGCGAUCUUCCUACGUGCAGCUCGUAGACAAGGGCAUCGUGCGCGAAUGGAACGACUCGCCUGCCCUCGACUCAGACAUGAUUGCCGCCCUGCCGCCCCCCAGCUUGCCCAACACCAACAAGCCGGCCCAGGGCAGGCUGCACUCGAGCGGUGUCUUCCCGGUGCCGAUGCCCAGCUUCUGGAACGGCAGCCCGCGGGUAUCCAACGUGAUGGUCCAGCCCUCCGGCCCGGAUGGCGGGUGGCACGUGGAGCGUGGCUCAGCGGACUUCGUUGAGGGAGCGUACAACGCGCUCGAGGAUGAUCACAGUAGCCCCUACUUCAAGAUCUACUUCAACGGCAAAGAACACACCAACUACUGGGGAGUGGAUCCACGCGUAGGCCCAGUGUUGGUGUCCGUUGCGCCCACAGGAAGCUCGGGCUCCAAGACGGUCAUAGAGACGGUGGCCACGUUCAGAUCGUCCGCCAGGCUGGUCAUGAACACGCACAAGAAGUUCAGUUUUAACAGCGAGUCUCGAAACAUCGUUGUACACCGCUGCCUUAUACAGAGCAAACACCCAGAGAUUCAGGACAUGAAGUUUCAGAAAUCGGUGAUCGACAUAACCGACGACUUGCUGCGGAUGGAGCGGUCCCAUUUCUCCUUUGACUACAAGUUUGGCGUGCUCUACUACAAGAAGAAUCAGGGCGAGAACGAGAUGUUUUCCAACUCGACGAGCCCGGAGCUGGAGAAAUUUUUGAACUUCCUGGGCGACCGGAUCACCCUCAAGGGUUGGCCGGGCUUCACGGGCGGACUUGACGUCAAGAAUGAUACGACGGGCACUCAUUCGGUGUUCACGUUGUUCCGAGACCUGAACGUGAUGUUCCAUGUCUGCACUCUGCUCCCCUACAACCCGAAGGAUCCACAACAGCUCGAAAGGAAGCGUCACAUCGGGAACGACAUCGUUGUGGUGGUCUUCGUGGAGCCUGGCGCCACGUUCGACCCGUGCAUGAUGAAGACGCAAUUCAAUCAUAUCUACGCCGUCGUAUCGAUGGACCCGGGGGAUCAAACGGUGCGACUCGAGUUUGCGGUCAAGCAGGGCGUGCGUCCCUUCGGGCCGCAGCUGUUGGCCAACCAACGCUUCUCUCUUGACGCCAGCUUCAGGGAGUUCUUCUUCAGCAAGCUCAUCAACAGCGAGCGGUCAGCGCUGAAGGCCAACGUGUUCGCCGCAAAGCUGGAGCACACACGGCUGAGGAUGAUUGAGAGUACUAUCGAGAAGCUGCAGAAGACCAAGUGA